AUGGAUCCUUCCAAAGUGGAAGCCAUCAGAUCAUGGCCAGUUCCUAAUACCAUCACUGAAAAUUUCUCUACAGUUGUGGCUCCAAUUACUGAUUGUUUGAAGAAAUGUGUGUUUGAUUGGCCCAAUUCUGCCCAGUUGGCCUUCGAGUCACUGAAGGAAAAGCUUAGUUCAGCUCCAGAUCUAUCUUUGCCAGAUUUUGAUCAAUUGUUUGAGUUAGAGUCUGACGCCAAUGGUGUAGGUAUUGGUGCAAAACUGAAUGAUUCUAAACUAAAGUAUAACACUUAUGAUAAAGAGUUUUAUGCAAUUAUUCGAGCUAUUACUCACUGGUCUCAUUAUCUGAAGCCAAAACAGUUUGUCUUAUUUUCUGACCAUGAAGCACUGAAGUUUAUUAAUGGUCAACACAAGCUUAAUGCCAGGCAUGCAAAAUGGGUGGAAUUUUUGCAAUCUUAUUCAUUUGUUUCUAAACAUAAAGCUGGAGUAGCAAACGUUGUUGAUGACGCACUUUCUAGAAGAUAUUCGUUGCUAUCAAUUCUGGAAGCAAGAGUUCUUGGAUUUUCUUUCAUUAAGGAGUUGUAUGCUGUUGAUCCAAACUUUUCUGAUCGUCUCACUGAAGCUCACCAGAAAGGACCAUAUAUUGUUCAGGAUGGUUUCUCGUUUAAAAAUGGUAAGUUGUGUAUUCCAAGAGGUUCCAUCAGAGAUUUACUAAUAAGGGAGGCACAUGGAGGAGGUUUAGCUGGCCAUUUUGGCAUUAACAAAAUUGGAGAAAUCCUCACUGAACACUUUUACUGGCCGAGUUUACUGAAGGAUGUCCAGAAUAUCAUCAGUCUUUGUCCAACUUGUCACCAGGCGAAGGCAACUUUUCACAAAGAGUUGUAUACUCCUCUUCAAGUUCCAACUCAGCCAUGGGAAGAUCUUAGUAUGGAUUUCAUUGUUGCAUUGCCCAAAACUCCCCGAGGAAAAGAUUCAUUAAUGGUGAAGACACUGAAGGAUUGGGAUCUGAAGCUUGCUCAUGCUGAAUUUGCCUUCAAUAGAGCUCCUAAUUAUUCUAUCAGUAAAUCCCCAUUUGAAAUCUGUUAUGGUGUCAAUCCACUAACUCCCAUUGAUUUGAUUCCAUUUUUGUUUGAACCAAAAACGAGUAUUGAAACAGAGGCCAGAGCAAAAGAAAUCAAGAAAAUUCACCAGCAAGUGAAGGCCAGAAUUGAGAAGACCAAUGCUGACUACAAGGUAAGAGCAAACAAGCACAGAAAACAGUCCAGUUUUGCUCCAGGUGAUUUAGUUUGGGUGCAUCUGAGAAAAGAAAGGUUUCCAUCCAGAAGAAAGAACAAGUUAAUGCCCAGAGCCGAAGUACCAUUCAAGAUUCUGGAAAGAUAUGGUGAAAACGCUUACAAGGUUGAGCUACUUGGAGAAAUGGCCGUUUCAAGUACCUUUAAUGUUGGAGAUCUGAUGUCUUAUCUGGAGGAUGAGUACCACGAGGACUUGAGGACAAGUCCUUCUUCAGAAGGGGAGAAUGAUGCAGAAAUGACCAGAUUCAUUGAACUGAUCGAUACCAGUGAACUGAGCGAGUCAAAUGAACUGAUGGGAAUUUCUGAGAUAAAAGAAGAUUCUGAUAUGAAGAUAAAUUCUGAGCUGAAGUCCGUUUCUGAACUGAAGGGGUCAUUUGAACUGAAUCAGAAUUCUGAGCAAGUGAUGCCAUCUGAACAAGCCAUGUUUAUUCUGCUAGCGAUAGCCCACUUCAGACAAGUGUUCACUAAACCAGUUCAGCCACUAGUUAUAACACUUCUCCAGUGGCAGGAAGCUCCAGAUACGACCAUUAGAAUUCCAUCAGUAAAGUUCUUCACUGAAGCACUUCAAUGA